AUGAAAUCUAAAAAUGUUAAAUCAGUGUCCGAUUGGUCUCCUAAGAGAUUACCUAAUUCAUAUAACAAAAGAAUGGCUGUGGCUGUAGUCGGAAGUAGUGGAAAAAAACCACCUGGAAAACAUUUAAAAGGUGAUGAUGUAUCAAAUGAUGAUUUUUUUAAAAAAAAAUCAGAUCUUAUUAAACCAGAUGAUCAAUUGUGUUUAACAGAUGCCCAAUUGAACGAAGAAAUUACUAGAACGUUGACAACGGGAAACAUGAAUUCACCGAAAAAUCUCGUCGAAUAUAGUUAUAAAUUAGGUGAAUUUGUAUCGAAAUCUCAAAUUUCUACAACAAUCGUACUCAUUCGUUUGGAAGGAUGUUGCAUAUUAAAAAAUUCUCCAGAAGCUCAAGCACAAAUAGCUGCUGGAGAUUGGUCAGGAGAUGAAAUAAAAAAAAGUAUAAAAAGUAAAUCGAAUUCCCUCGAUAAAGAAUCAAAAAUCAAUGAUGAUAAAUCAGAAAACGAGGGUGAAGAUGAAACGGAAGAAGGAAAUGAAGAAGCGACGGAUGGUAAAAAAGAUGAUGAGGAUAAAGCAGAAGAAGAAGAAGUGGAAGCAGAAGCCGUUAGCGGAAGUGCGACAAAACCUAAAAAAAAAUUAGUCAAUGCUUUUAAUUAUUGCGAACGUUCUUCGCAAACUGCCGACUGUACAAAAGUGAAUGCAUUCAGUCAAACGAUUCCACCACCGAGAAAAGUUUUUUCUGAACUUGUUACUCAAUGGAUAAUUUACGAUGCAUACGCUGAAGAUUUUGAAAAACAAAAAAAAGAAAAAGAAAAAGAAAAAAAACUUACGACUAAUACUCAAGCUAAUAAAAAAGAUGACAUUAAAAAAAAACAAGAUUUGUCUUUCGGCGAAGGAAUUCAUAAUAAAACAAACGAAGCAGCUAAAAUUAUUGAUAGAAUGAUUUGUCAAAAUAUUUACGAUGAUAUUGCUCACGAUUAUAAAUACUAUGAAGAUCCAGCUGACGAAUUUCGGCGGGAAGGAACUCUUUUACCUCUAUGGAAAUUUUUUUACGAAAGAAAAAAAACUUCGGUUACAGAUAUUUCUUGGAAUCCAUUUUACUAUGAUUUAUUUGCAGUCACAUUUGGAACUUUUGAAUUCCUUAAUCAACGUUCUCAAGAUGGAGCUGUUUGUCUGUUUACUCUCAAAAAUCCCUCUUAUCCAGAAUAUGUUCGAAUCACCGAAAGUAGUGCAAUGUGCGUGGCUACACAUCCGACUCAGACGUACCUCAUAGCAGUAGGAUUACUUGAUGGAAACGUUGCUGUUUAUAAUACUCACUUACCCGAUAAAUUUCCACAACAUCGAAGUAAUUCCGUUAACAAGAAACACUGUGAUGCUGUUUGGCAGGUUGAGUGGGGUGCAAACAUGCAAGAUGGUGAAGUUAAUUUUUUUUCAGUUUCUGCUGAUGGAAAAGUUUGCAACUGGGUUCUCAUGCAAAAUGAAUUGGCAUUGACAACAGUUGCAUCAUUGUCUUUGCCACUUGAACAGCUUUUGGGACCUGAUGGAUUACCCAUUAACAUGAUAGACAGUGGUUGUUGCAUCACAUUUCAUCCAACUCAACCGUUGAUAUUUUUAGUUGGAACUGAAGAAGGAAGCAUAUAUAAGUGCAGCACUGCAUAUUCUUCAACAUUUUUAUUUAAAUAUGAUGCUCAUUACAUGCCUGUUCAUAAAAUCUCUUAUAAUUCAUUUUAUCCAGAUGUAUUUUUAUCUUGCAGUGCUGAUUGGAGAAUAAAAAUAUGGGAAGAUUCAAAAAAUGAGCCAUUAUUUGUUUUUGACCUUGGUUGUUCAGUUGGUGAUGUUCAAUGGGCACCAUAUUCAAGCACCGUGUUUGGAGCAGUAACAAUCGAAGGAAAAUGUGUUAUUUUCGACAUAAAUAUCGAUAAAUACAAACCCAUUUGUGUUCAAAGCAUAGCAUCGAGAAAAAAAAACGGUUUAACAAGACUUAAAUUUAAUUUUAAAGUUCCGAUAAUAGCAGUUGGAGACGAUAAAGGAAAUAUAUCAGUUUUAAAAUUAUCACCUAAUUUAAGAAUAAAAUCAAAACCGCCUAAAAAGCAACAAUUUUUCGAACCGGAACAGUUGGAAAUAAUAAAAUUGGAAAAGUUGUUGGCUUUGAUAUUAUACACGUGUAUUUAA